AUGAGCGAAUACCAAUCUAAUAUCUUUGUUAAUCGUGCUUGCGCCUUCAUAAAUUCCGGAAAUGAUCCCAUGAUUCAAAAUCAGGUGAUCGAUAAUCCACAACUUAUCAAACUUUCAUUCCCACCAGAAAUUAAUCCACAUGAUUUGGUUGUUUUUCACCCCGAUGGUCGUGUACCUAAAACUCCUAAUGCCUUUAUGAUUUAUCGAAAAUUGUUUGUUGAAACUGCUCGUGCAAGUGGUUAUAACUUGCCAAUGAAUAUUAUCUCUCUAAUGGUAUCUCGAUCAUGGGAACAAGAACCCGAGGAAGUAAAAAAUGAAUAUAAAAGAAUCUCCAAAGAAGCCUUUGACUAUCGUAAUGAAUUAUUUCCUAAAGUAAAACUUCAAAAGAAAAGAAACCAAUGGAAAACUGUUUCAUUUGAUAAACCUUCUGUUCGUAAAGUUAAAAUUCCUAAACUCAUGAAAUCUGUCAAUAAACCUAAUAAAUCUACAAAAUGUAAACAACUUGAAUCACCAGUAUCUGAACUCCAAGCUUCUCCUAACAAUGAUUUAUUAUCUCCCAAACUUGAUGAUUUAAGUGAUAUUGAUAUGAAUUCACCAAUUUUUGAUCUUGAUUUAUUUAAUGAUUGGGCAGAUUUCUUCAGUAAUCAAAAUACUUAUCCGAGUCCCGACUUAUCAAUAACAUCUAGUAGUGAUAGUUCUCCGAGUCUAAAUAAUUUUGAUUUUCCAAUUCAAGAGAAUCAACAAGUCAACGAUGAUAUCAUAAAUAACCUUUUAUUCAUUGGUGAAAACCAGUCUCCUAUAUAUGAUAGUCUCGGAAUUUUCGAUUUCUCUAAUGAAAUCUUUGAUAUUCAGAACAAUUCCAUUUUAGAUAAUAUGAUCAUUCCUAACGACCAAUUAUCUUUCUUUCCUAAUUUAUUAAAUACAACAACAAUGAAUCAAGAUACUUUAAAUGAUACAUUGAUCACUUAUGAUAUGAGUUUUAAUUACCAGAUCUAA